AAACGACAAGAUCCGUCAGCUGAUGCCUCACCACUCGGCGAUGGUCAGGCUCAGACGUUUCGGGCACCGAAGGAGGGGCAUUAUCAGACGGUAUACCGACCAGUGAAGGUCGAUGCUCAUCCGAUGCUCUCCGUGCAGCCCACGGAAGAAGUUCGUUCGAUGAUGUCCACUCCAAAGGACGAGUUUCAGACAUCUGAGCAGGAACCGUCAGAACCACAGCCGAGCGCAAUGCUACGUAAUGAGGCAAAUAUCGCAAUGAUUGUACAGGCCGUCAGCAGACUCAUUCUAUGCUGCGCCGGAAGACACAAUGACUUUGAGUCAGACUCAACGGCGACUAAAGGACACACUGACGAGAACGGUAGUGAUUUGGCAUGGAUGGCUGUUGCUGGCGGCAUCGAAAUGCCCGGUCCGCACACGUUCUAUGAUGGUGCGACGAUGCUGCAACCGAUCGCCACUUAUUUUGGGGUCCAAGUGGAUAGGAUCAACUUCGUGCUAUGCAUGUUCUCAUCACUGCCACUAGCGUAUAUAUUUAAGCGGUUCUGUGCUCCAGGUGUCGUCACGCGUCAAACGCGUACCGUAUUCCCGUUAAUAAUCGGGGUCAUGUUCUGUUUCUUCUGUUUUGGACGGGCGUCAAAACAUCUUCUAUCUAAUGCCCUUCUCAAACUAUGCAUGGUUUGGUUUUGCGCCGCCGGCCCGGCCCACCGCCCGAAACACGUUCAC